AUAGUUCAUGCCUUCUAUUUACUACAACUUUCAAUAUAAUGUACCUCUCUGUAUAUACGCGCGCGAUUUUUUAAAAACCGAAUAAAUAAAAGUGAAAUUAGGAAAGUGAAAUUCGCGAAAAUGGUCGAUUUAAAAAGUGAUCCAGUUGCUACACCAAAAAAAUCAAAACACGGACUGUCGAUGACCGCCGUGAAAAAUUGGUUACUUCCCGAGAAGAAAAUUGCCGAGAAUCCCCGCCAACGUAUGCCUGAAUCAUUUUUACGCUCUAUCAGGCGUAGAUCAUUACGAGUUAAAAGGACUAAAUCCUUGGUUUUAAACGAAAAACGUAAAUCUGAUUCUUUUGUUAAUAGUCAAGAAUGGACAUUAAGUCGAUCUGUGCCAGAUUUAAGAUUAGGUAUAGUCGGAUCUCUUUCUUCGGGAAAAUCGGCGUUAGUACAUCGGUACUUGACCGGUUCAUACAUGCAAGAGGAAUCACCUGAAGGAGGACGAUUUAAAAAGGAAAUUUUAGUCGAUAAUCAAAGUUACCUUUUACUUAUUCGCGAUGAAGGUGGUCCACCGGAGUUACAAUUUACCGCCUGGGUGGACGCGGUUAUAUUUGUGUUCAGUUUAGAAAACGAAUCUUCGUUUAACGCAAUUUACAACUAUUACACGAAGAUGUCUCAUUACCGCAACUCUGCAGAAAUUCCUCUCAUUUUAGUUGGUACACAAGAUGCUAUUAGCGAAAAUAAUCCAAGGGUAAUAGAUGACGCAAGAGCACGAAAAUUAGCAAAUGAUCUUAAGAGGUGUUCCUAUUAUGAAACAUGCGCGACAUAUGGCUUGAAUGUAGAAAGAGUCUUUCAAGAUG